AUGGAGAGGUUGAGAAACAACACCGAGUCACUGUCGAAUGUCUUCGAUAGUAUCAAGAAGAACGUGUUGGACAAGGAAAAGUUGAUCAAUGAAAAGGAAGAAGUUCUGACAGAUUUGCGAAAAGUGAAUCAAAAUUUGAAAAAAUCAGCGGAAAUCUUGGAUUCACGAAUUCAAGAGUUGGAGAAAAAUUUAGAAGGAAAGCAGUCAGAGACCAAAAAGACAGAGCUGACGAAGUUGCGUGAAAAGAUAUGCAACCUAGAGGACAUGAACACGAAGAUUUCUGACCGUGAGAAGGUCGACCUCUCUAAGAAGAAAAAAGUUAAACGAGAAUUGCAGAUGACCAAGCAGAGCUUCAAGAUGUUGAACAAUGACAUCUACGAAUGCACGGGCCUCAUACACAGGACGAAUGAACUGAGGAGUAAGGUCGCCGCCAUGGUCGAGGCAACCUUUCACCUCAACAAAGAAGUGGUGGAGCAGGACCAGAUGGAUAUCGACAGUUUGUGUGACUUCAACGCUCAGAGGUCGCACCUGAAGAUGACGGUGACGAAGACGAAGAAGGAGAUGAAGGGACAAAUGUUGAUGCAAGAGAAGAAGGAACUCAACAAUAUGCAAAAAAAUGGCCGACACAUGGACGAGAUAGAAUCCUUGAAAUUAGGUUUAAAGAAAAGCAAAGAACAGUUGAAGUCUCUCUACUCUCAGUUCUUCAACAGAAGACCUGACAUAAGCUCCAAACAGUUGCAGGAGAUGAUGGUGAAAGCCAUUCCUGACUUCCGCAUGCUGGGGCAAGUAGCUGAGCUGGCGAGAACAAUUGAGCUGAAUUCUCAGUUGAUAAAUGAUCUGCAGAUUGAAAAUUGUUACUUAAAGGCAGGUGCGGAAGAGGAGGCUUACGACCAGCUCUACAAUUCAAAUCGUAAUAUUGUUGAAUCCCGUAGCAAGAAAUUGAACUCGCAAGACGACCGGUCGUUUAAAAAUCGUGAACACUGCUUUCUAAUUUCUUUUGUUGAGAGAACAAAAAAAACGAAAAUAGUUUUGUCUGUGAACGUCAAGCAAAUAAAAUAA